GAGACAAUAAUCGAGUGUAAAACGAAAAAAAAAAGGAACGAAAAAAUAGACAAAAAAAAAACAAAAAACAAAAAAAAAAGAAAAAAGAAAAAUACUUUCAGCAGAGUGGUAGCGCGAACAAUGGUAGCCACAAAUCAACGGGAUUAUGCCACUAUUUCACGCAUGGCUAUGGCCGGCUCGCAUGAUAAAUCAAGCUGUCGUUGGGCCACAAUAAACAAUAACAUUUGGACGGCCGGCUGGCGGGACGGCUGAGAUAACCGAUGGAGAGUUACGAGGAGGACGACGACACCCACUUCUGCAUCAAGUGCCAUUUGACGAUACACGGGUUGGAGAAUUACGUGCGGCAUCGUCAAUCGGGGUGCCGUCCGCCGGACGACAAGAACGUCGCCGUUUGGGUCUCACCGGCGGCGCCCGCCUCCCCGACCACCCCCGUCUCCUACCCGGAGAUACUGAACGCGGACGCGUUCUUCAGCUCGUUGGAGCUGCAGAGCAGCUCGAAGACGAACACCCGGAAGACGGCCUCGUUGCUCGACGAUAAGAAGUCGAGGAGGGAGGAGAGGAGGAAGAGGGGCCAGAAGGGGGCCCAGGGGGAGGGGGAGGGGGAGAAGCAGGAGAAGCAGCACAUUCACAACAUGCUGCCGCCUGUCACGGAGCUCGACGACACCGACUACCUCUGCAUCCCGUCCCUCGUCGGCUUCCCGGACAUCGUCUCGUCGGCCAAGCCGCCCCCGGCCGCGGCCCACGGCCGCAACAAAUUGGGCCACGGGGCGGCCACCGCCACGAAGCACGAGGCGGAAAACUCGUUGGAGAUGGGCCUGAUGGCGGCCCCCCACGAGGUGGUAGGUGCGAAGCAGGAUCCCGGGAGGAAGAGGCAGCAGGAGGAGCAGCAGGUCCAUCAAACGUGGCUCGAGGACACGAUACUCGCCGAGCUGGUGGCGAACAACGAGGCGGCGGCUGGCAAGGAUCUGGCCAGGUACGGGUUCGAGUAUCAACAGGAGGAGGAGGAGGAGGAGGACGAGGAGGACGAGGAGGAGGAAGAGGAGGAGGAAGAGUCGGAGGAGGAGGAGGAGGAGGAGGAGGACGCCUCUUACACGGAGUCGGACGAGGAAAGGGAGCGUUCCUCGAUGCGCGGCCACACCGGUGGCAAAUGGAAGCCGGGAUUGGACCAUCUCCCUCAAAAUAUGUCUCAACUUCAGGACGAUGACGAGGACGAGCAUCAUCAAGAACAUCCGCCGCCCUCUCACACCGGUGGCAAGUGGCGACCCUCGCACCACCAGGAGGAGUACGCAGGGGCCAAGGGACAACAGCAGCAACAACCGCCGCCGCAAGGGCACACGCGAGGGAAAUGGAUACCGGGGGCGCGAACGGAUAUCGAGGCGGGAUAUUGGUGCAGCCCUUGCGGCAGGAAACUUGCCUCUCGAUUGGUCUACAACAGGCAUCUUCGCUCCGAUUUGCACGCUAGAAGGAGCAUACGAGAGAUGGAUGGCGUUGUUUGCCUGCCACGAGCCGUCAACGCGAAAAAAUCUCGUAUCCAUCAAAGGCAGGGGAAAGGGCAAGCGGCGGAGGCGAAGGGAGGCGUUAAGAAAAGUUGCCGCAGACGGGAGAAGGAGAUACUUUCCUGCGAGAUGUGCCACGCGCGGGUGAGAAGGGCGCAAAUGGGCAAGCAUUUGCUCUCUCAUUAUCACUGCCGCGUGGCGGGCGUAAAUCCUCGCGGGCCACGGGCGCGUCGCUUUUUACUGGAAAAUAUGGCGAAUGUGGUUCGGCAGUGCCCCUUCCAGUGUUUCUCCUGCCGCUUUUAUUGCAACACGGAGGAAACGUUCCUGCGCCAUUGGCGGUCCGAGCUUCACGCGAAAACCCUCGAGCAGAUAAGCGGCAGCUACAGAUGCACCCCGUGCGACUUUUGGUGCGAGGAGAACGAAGCUAUGGAGUCCCACCUGCUCGAUCCGGGCCACCGAGACGUGGUCUCGAUGAUGAGGGGCUCGGUGCCGGUGAUGAUCGGCCGUCAACGAGCCCUGCCCUGCCCCGGUUGCGAUCGCCGCUUCCGUUACAAUUUGCAGCUUCGCAUGCACGCGAAGGAGACGGGCCACGAGGUGGGUUUGACGGCGAGCGACGAGUACCAGCAACGGAUGAGGUGCGACCUGUGCCCGCGGACGGUCAGGUCGUUGGUGGCGCUUCAACGCCAUCAGCUGUCGUGCCACGCGGCCAAGAUGGCGAAAGAUGGCGGCGAGGCGGUGAUCGGCGACGAGGCGGCGAAUAGGCCCGCGCCCUAUUUCUGCUCCUUUUGCUCGAUGAAUUUCGCCACCGCCCGCCAAGCGGUUCUGCAUCGAAGAACGUCGAGCCACAAGGAGGUGGUGAGGGCUCGGAAGAGCAACGACGGCUCCACGCCGACCACCGGCCGGCAGUGUCCCCAUUGCGAGAAGAAACAGGCGAAUCUGUCGGAUCAUAAGAGGCAUCUUCUCGACCAGCAUCCCGAACUUUGUUACAGAUGUCCGAGGUGCGGCACGCUAUUCGCCCUGUCCCAGGACGUGACCAGGCACACGAGGGAGAACAAGUGCCACGAGGAGGAGGAGGGGGGAUCGGGUGGAGUCGCGAAAAGGAAGGAGGGCGAGCGGUGGAGGUGCGGGGAGUGCAGUUUCUCGACCGAUUCCCAAGCGGAGUUCAUCUUCCACGAGGCUCUCCACGCCGGCCCCGUGGCGGACCAGGGGGAGAAACCGGGCCCCGCCAAGUCGUUGGCCAAGUACCCCUGCCCCGUUUGCAAGAGGGCGUUCGCCAAAGUGUCGUUGCGGAAUCACAUCAGAAGUCACACGGGGGAGAGGCCGUUUCCGUGCGCCAAGUGCCUCGCCCCCUUCUCCAGGAGAUCCGACCUGAACGCCCAUCAGAGGGAGUGCACCGGGUCGUCGUCGCCCGGAUGGCCCGAUGGCGGAUCUUCCGGCCGGAAGCGCGGUUUCGCCUGCUCCGAGUGCAACAACGCUUUCUACACCAAGUAA